GCUAACGCAACUCAAAAAGAAGAGGCAGUGGACCAACCUGGUGCGUUUUGGAUGAAGAGCAUCAAUAUGGAUUACAGCACAGCUAACGAGACUACUAAUGUGGUCCAAGACUGUCCAGGGGAUGACAGCGCCAGCUCUGAUGAUUUCGUUCCUCUCACAAAGCUCCUAAUGAGACCAAACAGUGAGGAGAAACAGUCACGUGAAAACAGACCCAGCUUAACCUUUAGUUCCAGCACUAAAUUGAAAAAGGACAAAAAUGCUUCUGAUGCCUCCUCAGAUGACGAGCCUUUGAUAAAGAUGAAAACAGUGAAAAAAUACAACACGUCAACAAGAUCUAAUGGCAGAAAUAGCAACAAAGCAGAUGUGAAUACAGACGAGAGCUCUGACAAUGAGACCCUCAUAAAGAUUGCCAAAGUGUCGUCCAAAGCUGUGAAUAAGUCUUUCUCAGUGCCUCCAAAAAAAUCUGUUGAUACAGAGACGAGAGAAUCCCAAGAUAACGAUGAUGCUUCAGAUGAUGAGCCUUUGAGUGAACUUGCCAAGAAACUUAACUCCAAACGUCAGAGGAAGGCAUCUGUCUUGCCUUCUAGGAAAGCAACCCCAGUUUUGAAAUCGAAAAGGAAUUCAGCAAUGAAAACAGUUAAAUAUGCAGAGUCUUCCAGUGACAGCUCAGAUAAUGAGCCACUGGCGACAACAAAGAGGAAGCUGACAAUGGCUCUGAAAGAGCAAAAGACCUUGCCAAAGGGCAAGAAAACGAAACAAAAACUAAAAGAUAUAUCACUUAAAGACAGCAGCUUGGAUGAUGAUGAUGACGAUGAUGAUGAUGAUGUGCCCUUGGUGAAUCUCAUUGCCAAGAAGAAAGCAGUGAAGAAAAACACAAAGACAACAGCUGUAUCUCAAGGAAGCGCAUCCAGAAAGAGACGAGGACUACCUGAAGAAAGCUCAGAAGAUGAACCCCUGAUUAACCUUGUGAAAAAGAACCGCACAGAUAAGCAAACAAAAAGCAAAACGAAGGCUUCAGCGCUGGAGAAAAGAGAUACAACUCCUGAAAAGCCAAGAAAGAUGCUUGUGUCAGGAUCGUCACACAACAGAUCCGAUGAUGAACCCUUAAUCAAGGCAGCUAGACACCCACAAGUGACCAAAAUCCUGAGAAUAAUAUUAGAGAGGUGUGAUGGUGAAGAGACUGGGUCAGCAAGAAGCCUGAACAAAACCAGUGCAGGCACACCGGUUGCGGAAAAGAGUGAGGAGUCAGAUGGCUCAGAGAAAUCACCAGAAGAAGCAUAAGAGUAAAGCUGUAAUAUUUGGAAGAAACUGCUUUUUGUUGUUACCUUUCACCUUCUGGACUGGAAAGGUCAGACCACCUAGUGGCUCCAACUUUGACGGACUCUUAAAGCUUUGUAAUUCCCUUGGAGAGACAACUCCCAAAAACUGAAAGUGUUCAUUUAAAGUUCAGCGGUGCGUUUUGUAUACGGUACAUAUGUUAAUUUAUUGAUAUUUUUACUCCUGUUUUUAAGUUUGGGUUUAAAGCUGUGGGUCCCUGAAAAAUUUAAUGCCCAGUCUUGAUGUUAUUUUACUAUUUGUGCCUGUUGUUUGGCUGGCUCCUCUGGUUCUGGUUCUUGGGUUCAAGUGUGAACGGCUGUAUGUGUUUGUGCCAAUGUAUUGUUAUUAUCAGUCUUAAUUUGUCCAUUGCUGUGCAUCACCACCGUCCACUGUCUCCUGUCCAUCUUGUACAGUAUUUCUCUUCAAGGAACAGCUGGACACAGUCAUGAGGCACAGCAAUGGGUGUGACCUAUGCACCUUCCUGCUCCAACCUCUUGUAGAAGUAUGGGAGGAAAAAUGAAUUUAGAGCUCAUCCAACUCCUACUUGGAAAAAAUAAAAUGGUUUGGACACUGCAUAGAUGAUCCAAUAUUCUUUAUGCAAUGUGAAGAAUAUGUAGGACUUGAACUUCCUAAAUAUUUGCACAAUACCAACAAGAGUCUGAAACUAUCUUUGGAAUACAGAAAAAUUAAUUUCUGAGAUGUGAAAAUCACAAACACAUGAUGGCACUUCCGUACUACGAGCCAUCGAAAAGCCACUCAUCAGAAUACAGUCUUAAGGGCUCAUAGUUUCCUUUCAAAGACUAAUAGACAACAUUCCAGUUCCAGCGAUGAAGGUGAAGACACAGGAACAGUUUGAUGACAAGUCUAUCGCUUUACUGAACGAGGUUACAAAAGAAACCGUGGAAAAGAGCCAAAACCUUGAAUAGAAAACAGUUACUCCAAACCAGAAAGAAGCCACACCACUCUUCAAAAAUCUAUGCUGUGACACAGUGCAGCAAACAGUGCAGGUGGAACAUGCUUCAGGGCAAUGUGUCUCCUCAUCCACUGGUCACAGUUUCCAAAACAUUAGAACCCAGUAACAUGGGUGGAUGGAGGCUUUUGCAAAUGGAUUUUUGAAAACGUGGUUCUCAUAAUCCCAGAUCUAAGAAAAGAUUAUGGAUUUGUUUAAAGAAGGCUCAUGUGGGAAAAUGGGGAGAUUUUAACAACAGAUAGAUAAAGAAUCCUGGGGAGGGAAACAAUUUUAAUGGAAAUUAUAUGGCUAUAUAUAAUUAUAUAAUUAUGGACAGGGAUUGAACUUUCCAACUUCCUACGGUUUUAAUUUUUUAGAUAAAGGAGGGCGGAGCGGGCAGCCCCGCUGGACUGAUCAGAGUAAAGGAAAUAUGGCUGACUUAUCAACAAAACAACAGACUGGGCUUGCAUCUCUGGUUUUAUUUUUUUUUUUAAGAAAAUGAUUUAACACUGUAAAUUACAUUUCUGCUUUCAUAUUAACUGUACACACAUGCAGAUAUGGUGUGUUGGAUUAAACACUGUCAAAUCACCAUUAAAUUCA